UGGAAGAGAUGCAAAUUUGUAUAGUUAAUAAUAAUAUUCUUUUUUUUUCUCUCUUGCUUUGAGAUAGUGUGUAAUUCCUGAUGAGUUUACAGGUUUUAUUGAUUACACAUUACUGAGGCACCCUUUUACAGGUUAGACACGUCUAACCUACUACUUCCUAAUUGGGAUGAAUUUUCUUCGAAGUCCUAAAAAUGAAAUGCGUUCAAUUUAUCAUACAACUAAACAGAUAUAAGGUCAAUAGUACUUUGUAUUAUCAUAUAGAAAGUGUCAUUGGACUACGGGUCAGACAUAUAUAUUAAACAUUUAAGUAAUAUAUUAAUAAAAUUAACUAUUUGUCUUAUCCCUUAAUUCAUAUCAAUUAGUUUUUCAUAUAAUGGAAUCUCCACUAAAUAUAGGAGAUUUAACUACUAAUUCAAUACUGAAUAGAUUACAUGAUACUCAUUUAAAAACUAGUAGUAUAUCUUCAGUAACAUCGGCUGUAUAUUCAGGACAAAAAUUCAUUCAAUUAAAUUUAACUCUACAACAUGGAUCUAAACCUGAUGAUUCUAUAAUUAUAUUAAGAAGAGUUCAAGAUUCUUAUAUUAAUAUAACUCAACUACUUAGUAUUCUUGAAAAAUUAAAUCAUUUUCAUCAUAGUCAAAUUGAAAAAUUUUUAACUAAUGAAGUGAUUACUAAUAUUGAAUAUUCUGCUAAUUCUAAUUAUUUAGAUUUAUCUAAACAUAAAAAUCUUGAAUUACGUGGUUUAUGGAUAUCUUAUGAUAAAGCAGUUAGUUUAGCUUUAAAAUUCGAUGUUUAUGAAUUUACUAAAAAGUUAUUCUUAGUUGAUGUUCAUGAAUUUGAUGAAUUACCAAAACAACAAAUCAAAAGAUUUCAUUCUGAAGCUAAUGAUGAAGAAAAUGAUGCUAGUCUUAUGGGUUCACCUACUAAGAAACAAAAAGUAUCACUUAUUAAAGAAAAAUUAACUUCAAAUGUAUCUCUUCUGGAUGAAGGACUUGUAGAAAAGUUUAUUUCUGAAAAUCCUAAUUAUCCAUUCACAUUAACUCCAAUUACAAUUAAUGAAACUAAUGUAGAAAUAGCUAAUGAAUUAAAAUCAAAACUUGGUAAAGCAUUUAAAGAAGAUUCUGAACAAGAAAAUAAAUUAGGAUUUAAUGAUAUAAAAUUAAUCUUUCAACCUUUACUUGAUAAAUAUCCUGGUACUUCAAUUAUUGAUAUUCCUUUAGAUGAAAGUGGACAAACUGCUUUACAUUUUGCAUCAUCAUUAGCUUCACUCAAUUUAGUUUCUUCAUUUAUUGAAUUAAAAUUAAAUUCUCCAAUUAGAGGUAAUGCUAGAGGAGAAUCUCCAUUAAUAUCUGCUAUACAAGUUACAAAUUCAAUGGAGAAGGGGAAUUUUCAUGAUCUUUUAACUAAAUGGUUAUAUCCAAAUUUACAAUUAUUUGAUUCUAAGAAAUGGUCAUUUUUACAUCAUUUAGCUUCUCAAAUUCAUAAGAAAUUGGAUAGUAGUAAAUUUUAUCUUACUAAAAUAUUAGAAUAUAUUAUUAAUAAGGAUAAAUUAUUAUAUGAAUUAAUUACAUCUAUUAUAAAUGCUCAAGAUGAAGAAAAUGGUAAUACUUGUUUACAUAUUGCAGCAGAAAAUGAUUCAGUUUGGUUUGUUAAAAUAUUCUUAGAUUUAGGAGCAGAUAUUCAUAUAGCUAAUAAGAGAGGUAUAAAACCAAUUGAUUUAGAUAUUGUUAAGCAUGCACAAAAUGAAGAAAUUAAUGAACAUAUCUUUGAAUUAAUUCAAACUAGUGUGGAAUUCUUAAAGAAAAGACUCGAUAUUAAUGGGAAUACUCAAGAUUUGGAAGUACCAAAAUUUAUUCCAACGUCUUCAUCAUCAAUAAUUACUACAAAUUCUAAUUCUAAUUCUAAUUCAGCUACUGAUAAGAUAUUUCAAAGUAUUCAACAAUUAUUAAGUAAUACUAAUGAAGAAUAUGAUAAUAUACUUAAAUCUAAAAUUGAACAAAUAAAGAAUUUGAAUGAUGCAUUACAUAAUACAACCAUUGUUACUGCAAAUAAUAGAUUUCUUACCAAGAAAGUGGUUGAAAAAUUGGUUCAACUUGAUACUUUAAAGAUAAAACUGGCUAAUAUUAAUGAUAAAUUACAAUUAUUAAAAUCAGAUAAUAAUGAUGGAGAAGAUCGUGAUCAUGAUGAUGAUGAUGAUGAUGAUAAAGAAUUUGAUGCAGAUGAACCAUUUAUAAUUAGACCAAUUUAUGAUCGAUUGAUUAAGAAAGAAUCCAUUGAUGAACUUAAAUCAAAUGAAGAACUUUUAAAACUGUUACAACCUGUUCCAAUUUUAAAUGCUAGAAUUCUGGCUUAUAAACAUAUUAAUGCUAAAUUAGAACAAGAUUUAAAAGAAUUACAAGAUUAUAGUAUAUUAGCAUCAAAGUUUAAAAAAGUCGUUAGUAUUUGUACUGGUGUAGAUAUCAAUGAAGUGGAUGAUUUAUUAGACGGUUUAUUGGAAGCUGUCGAAGGACAACAAUAAUCAUAUAUGGUGUAAUUAUUUAGUAUUUACGUAUUCAGUUCUUUACAUUUGUAUUAAAAUGAAAUGUUAGUUUAAUAUAUACUUGUAUUUUAUCUAAAACCAGUAGAUGUGAAUGAAAUAAAAUUAUGCAUGGAUGGAUGGAUGGAUGGAUGGAUGGAUGGAU